CCAGAACAUCAGACACUGCAUUCCAGUCACAGUUCUCCAAUCAGCUGCUAGCCUCAAUUUAUCUCUUUGGUCCUGUGCAACACAGCAAAGGUUAAAGCAUACCAACUGCUCAGCGGGUUAACUUUAUCUUUGUUUUGAAAUCAUAAAAUCUCUUUAAGAAGCAGAUAAUGGUCUUGCUUGGGAGAGCCCGGCAGAGCUGUAUGAGCUGGGGGGGGAGGACGCUUGCCUGGGUUCAGUGAGGGAGAGGAGCAGGUAGUACUGCUGGUGCUUGUAGUGGAGCUCAACAGGGACCAUGAGAGGCGGCCAGGCAGGACACGGCUUGGAACAACCUGGUCUAGUGGAGGGUGUCCCUGCCUGUGUCAGGGAGCUGGAAUUCAACCAUCUUUAAAGGUCCCUUCCAACGAGGACCAUUCUGUGAUGGCUUGGAGGAGCGGACAAGGCAGCAGCUUUGGGGUUUUUGAAAGGAAAGCCAUAGAGUUCAAAGGAGAUGCAACCUCAGGGCCUGCAAAGUAUUGUUUUGUUGGGUUUUUUCUGCCUUUUCUUUUUGUUCGACGCGGUUUUGUGAUCCCUGAGCUCUCACUUCCCUGGUGACAGGCUCAGACGUUUUUCCCGCAGGCUGCCCGCGGCCUUCCCGGGAAGGGCCGUCGGGAGCGUUCACCCAUGCCAGGCGGGGCGAGGCCGGGCCUAUCUCACAAACCCACCCCUCGUCUCCGGCUCUUCUAGUCGCCCCGGCGCCCUUCGCCCCACCGACACCGGCCCGGCGCCCCCUCCCACAACAUGGCGGCCCACGUCGGGUCGCCCCAUCGCCUUGCCCCCGCCCGCCCUUCUGCCCGCGGGGGCCCCUCUCUACCUACCUGGAGGCCCACCUCUAUGGUCAGGGGCGCGGCGGCGGGAGGCGGGCGCCGCCCGGCCCCUCCGUGUGACGGCGGUGGCGGGGCGGGGCCUGUCCGGCGGGGGGCGCGGCGGGCCGGGCUGGCGGUUGGACUGACUCCCCUUUGUGUCUGGAGCCGGCGGGGCCGCUGGUGCUGUUGGGGCGGGCCGGCGGGAGGGGGCGCGAACCGCGGCGGGGCGGCGGACCUCCGGCCCUCGGCACCCGCCCGCAGCCGGCAGCCGGCAGCGGGCAGGGGAAGGAGGCGGAGCGGUGCGGAGCUGGCAGCGCGGAGGGGCUGAGCCUUUCGUCGGGCUGAGCGGAGACUUGAGGGGUUAGAGGAGGCCGGGCUAGGCCGGGGGCUGCCUUGGCGCUGUGGGAACUCGGGGAGGGUAGGCAGAGGAGCGGGAGCGCCGGCCCCCGGCGCGGGGAAGGGCCUCGGCCGCGCUCUCGCCCGCGGAGGGCAGCCGGGUGCCCUCGCAGCUGGAGCCGCCGAGGAGGGGCCUCGCUCCCGCCGCCCCGCGUUCCGGGCCCCACCUUUGUCGGGGUGGCCGACGGUGGCGUCGCUUCGGUGGCGGGGGGCGCGCGGUGGAGCCCGCCCGGCGCGGGAGGCAGAUGGGCCGGGAUGCAGCCGCAGCCCUCGCCGUGAGAACGGAGCUGGUCGCGCCUCGCCGCGGAGGGACUGAGGGCAUCGCCGCCGCCUUCCCGGGAGCGUGAGGCAGCGAAGAGGGGCGGCGAGAAGACAGAGACUUUUAACGGGAUGGGACGCGGCUCUGCCGUGAGCCCGUAGAGCCUGUUGUGACCGUGCCCCGGUCAGCCGGCGGGGGCAGCUCUGACUGACAUUGCUGUAGACGCGGGCUCGCGUCUGGAUAUGUUUCCUCCUCAACCGGGCUGUUUCUUCGAUAUCGUGAAGCUGCGUGGGAAAUAAGCCUUGUUCCCAGCUCGGUCGGGAGCGUGCCGCCGUUCCCCGGCGGGGGGACAUGCCUCGGGGCUGGGAGGCAGGAGCAGGCGCUUCCCCAGGGUCCGCGAAGCCGUGCCGACACCCCAGGCAUGAAGGCAGGCGGGUGUAAUGGAGUAAGAGCGAAGACGGCUCCUCUCAUCUGCCAUUUGCCCUUCCAGACGGGAUUGUAAACCGAGAGAGUUGAGGAAGGCUGUGCGGAAGAAGGAGGAAAUUCCUCUCGUCGGGUUCCCACCCCCCCUUUUCUUUUAUUUCUUUUAAUUUUUUCCCUCGUCCUGCCUCGAACCUUGGCUUCCCCAGGUAUGACUGCCUCACUGCAGCACCUUGUGCUGGUGCUCCUGCUCUCCAGUGCCACCCUGCUGCUCAGCACUGCGGCUGCUACGCAGAGUGAGGAGCGGCUGUGUGCAUUUAAGGACCCUUAUCAGCAGGACCAUGGAAUCAGUGAGAGCCGAAUCUCCCAGGAAAAUGGCACAAUUUUGUGCAUGAAAGGUAGUACCUGCUAUGGACUUUGGGAAAAAACACGAGAAGGAGACAUACAUCUUGUAAAACAAGGUUGCUGGUCUCAUAUAGGAGACCCACAAGAGUGUCACUUUGAGGAGUGUAUAGUUACAACCACCCCUUCCUUGAUUCAGAAUGGAACAUACCGCUUCUGCUGUUGUAGUACAGACUUGUGUAAUGUCAACUUCACAGAAAAUUUUCCACCUCCUGACCCUACUGAUACAACGCCUUACAAUUCUUCUCAUUCUUUUCAUCGAGAUGAGACUAUAGUUAUUGCCCUUGCGUCUGUGUCUGUACUGGCUGUUUUGAUUGCUGCUCUGUUCUUUGGAUACAGGAUGCUUGCAGGAGACCGUAAACAAGGUUUGCACAGUAUGAACAUGAUGGAGGCAGCAGCAUCAGAGCCCUCAUUGGAUCUGGAUAAUCUAAAGUUGUUGGAGCUGAUUGGCCGUGGGCGCUAUGGAGCAGUGUACAAAGGCUCCCUAGAUGAACGUCCAGUUGCUGUCAAAGUAUUUUCUUUUGCCAAUCGUCAGAACUUUGUCAAUGAGAGAAACAUUUACAGGAUUCCACUGAUGGAACAUGACAACAUCGCCCGCUUCAUUGUGGGGGAUGAGAGAUUCACUGCAGACGGCCGUAUGGAAUAUUUGUUGGUGAUGGAAUAUUACCCCAAUGGUUCUUUGUGCAAAUAUUUGAGUCUCCACACAAGUGACUGGGUGAGCUCUUGUCGUCUGGCACACUCUAUAACUCGGGGCUUGGCGUACCUGCAUACGGAACUACCUCGAGGAGACCAUUACAAACCUGCAAUAUCCCAUCGUGACUUGAACAGCCGUAAUGUCCUGGUAAAGAAUGAUGGAACAUGUGUAAUUAGCGAUUUUGGGCUCUCCAUGAAGCUGACUGGAAACAGACUGGUACGCCCAGGUGAGGAAGAUAAUGCAGCCAUUAGUGAGGUUGGUACAAUCCGCUACAUGGCCCCAGAAGUUCUUGAAGGAGCAGUGAACUUGAGGGACUGUGAAUCCGCAUUGAAACAAGUAGAUAUGUAUGCGCUAGGCCUUAUCUACUGGGAGAUAUUUAUGAGAUGUACAGACCUCUUCCCAGGGGAAUCUGUGCCAGAGUACCAGAUGGCUUUCCAGACAGAAGUCGGAAACCAUCCCACUUUUGAAGAUAUGCAAGUCUUGGUGUCUAGAGAGAAGCAAAGACCAAAAUUCCCAGAAGCGUGGAAGGAGAACAGCCUGGCUGUGAGGUCACUUAAAGAAACAAUUGAAGACUGUUGGGAUCAGGAUGCUGAAGCUCGACUAACGGCGCAGUGUGCUGAGGAGAGAAUGGCGGAACUCAUGAUGAUCUGGGAGAGAAAUAAAUCAGUUAGUCCAACGGUCAACCCUAUGUCAACUGCCAUGCAAAAUGAGCGGAAUCUGUCACAUCACAGGCGUGUAUCAAAGAUAAGGCCAUAUCCAGAUUACUCUUCCUCUUCCUACAUUGAAGAUUCAAUCCACCACGCUGACAGCAUAGUGAAGAACAUUUCUUCUGAACAUUCAAUGUCCACUACACCAUUGACUUCAGGGGAGAAGAAUAGAAACUCCAUUAACUAUGAGCGGCAGCAAGCGCAAGCUCGCAUCCCUAGUCCUGAGACAAGCGUCACCAGUUUGUCCACCAACACAACCACCACCAAUACAACUGGCCUCACUCCUAGCACUGGCAUGACCACCAUAUCUGAAAUGCCUUAUUCGGAUGAAACAAACUUACAUACCACAAAUGUCAUGCAGCCAGGCGGGCCCACCCCUGUUUGUCUGCAGCUAACAGAGGAGGACUUAGAGACAAAUAAAUUGGAUCCAAAAGAAGUGGAUAAGAACCUGAAAGAAAGCUCUGAUGAGAAUCUGAUGGAACAUUCACUUAAGCAGUUUAGCGGGCCAGAUCCACUCAGCAGCACUAGUUCCAGCUUGCUUUAUCCACUGAUAAAACUUGCAGUAGAGGUGACAGGACAACAGGACUUCACACAAGCUGGCAAUGGUCAAGCAUGUUUGAUUCCAGAUGUCCCAUCUGCUCAGGUCUAUCCUCUACCCAAGCAACAGAACCUUCCGAAGAGGCCUACUAGCCUUCCCCUGAACACCAAAAAUUCAACAAAGGAGCCACGGUUAAAAUUCGGUGGCAAGCACAAAUCAAACUUGAAGCAAGUGGAAACAGGCGUUGCCAAGAUGAACACUAUCAAUGCUGCAGAACCUCAUGUUGUGACAGUUACCAUGAAUGGAGUGGCUGGGAGAAGCCACGGCAUAAACUCUCAUGCUGGCACAACCCAGUACGCCAAUGGCACGGUGCCAUCUGGCCAGACCACCAGUUCGGUAGCACAAAGGGCCCAGGAAAUGCUUCAGAACCAGUUCAGUGGAGAGGACAGUCGGCUGAAUAUUAAUUCAAGCCCUGAUGAGCACGAACCCUUGUUGAGGCGGGAGCAGCAAGUUGGCCAUGAUGAAGGUGUUCUGGACCGCCUAGUAGACAGGAGAGAGCGACCACUGGAUACUGGCAGAACAAAUGCCAAUAACAACAACAGUAACCCAGGUCCAGUGCAAGAUGCAGCUACAGUCAGUAUCCAGAAUGUAGUGAGAAAUCCUGGGCAGACCCAGACUAGAAGAGCACAGAGGCCUAAUUCGCUGGAUCUAUCGGCCACAAAUAGUUUGGAUAGCAGUAGUAUGCAGUUAGGUGACUCCUCGCAGGACGGCAAAUCGGGCUCAGGAGAAAAGAUCAAGAAACGUGUGAAAACUCCAUACUCCCUGAAGCGGUGGCGUCCUUCCACAUGGGUCAUCUCCACCGAGCCGCUGCACUGCGAGGUCAACAACAACGGCAGCGACCAGGCCGUUCACUCCAAAUCCAGCACUGCCGUUUACCUUGCGGAAGGAGGCACUGCCACCACAAUGGUAUCUAAGGACGCAGGGGUGAACUGCCUGUGAAACACUUCAAAAGCCGGCAAAUGACCUUUUUUUUGCAUUAUUUGAAACAAACAUGCAGAAGACAUUUUAAUAAACUGCUUUCUCCUCCUGUCAGCAACCCCCUCCCAAGGACUCGCUUUAAAUAGAUUUCAGCUAUGCAGAAAAUUUUUAGCUUAUGCUUCCAUAUUUUUUUUCUUUUUUUUUUUUUUUUGUUUUUAUUUUUGGAACGUUUUUGCACUUUUUAUUUAGUAUCGCUCAAGUUCAGUCUGUCUGUUUCGACCACGGAAUAUAUAUAUGUGUAUCAAAUGUGGUCUCAAAAUAUUUUUUUAAGAAAAAAGGUAACAAAAAAAAGUAUUGCUGAUAAUCAGUUUGGACCAGUUUCUUACGGUCACUAAGAUCAUACGCAGACUAUAAGACAGGUUUGACUGCAGUGGUGUCUUGUUUAACCAUGUUUUGAUUUCUGUGCACAAGCUAGUCUGUAUAUUUCUGUGUUACAAAGUGUAUUCUCUUUUGAACCCCCUGUUUUUCUUGUGUCAUGUUGAAAUGUGCAAUAGUCUAUAGUUCACAGUAUGCUUAUUGAAGAGUAUGUUUCUAAAACUGCCACAUGUUCCCCUUUUUGUAUUUGUUCUUUUUUCCCUGACAGUCGAGCAGUCGGCCGGUCAUGACAGUGAACUUUGCACACCGUAGCCAGCCUGAAGCAGCUGGCUGUAUCACAUUGUGCUCUGAGGUGACAAUGCAUGAAUUUUCCCCAACUUAAAAGGGCUUUUAAAAAGAAACAAAAGAAGAAAAAUCUGAGCUCAGUACCUUUCCUUCAAUCCUUCCAAGUCAAAAUGUGUUCCCUUUAUAGUAGUAGAUGCCAGCCUGUGAAGUUCUGAAUAACAAAACAUUGAACAAAUGUAAGGAAACUGUCAGCCAUUUUUUUCCAUUUUAUUUUGUGUGCAGUUUCGCCCCUUGUAUUUAUGUAAAACCUGAUUUAGAUCACUGAUGAUGUAUGUUGAAAAAUACAUUUCAUUCAGAAAUCUUAAUAACUGUCAUACCUAAAAGCUCUAGUGAAGGUAGGUUGCGAGCGUAUGAUGUAUUUUGUUUACAAAGAGGAAAAAUCAUGAAUCAUAUUCGGCACAAAAGAAUUCUGUGGUGAGUCACACAUCUUUCUUGAUUUACCUCCUUGCACACAGUCUGGGGUAAAAUCAGCCCCAUUACUUACGCAGGUAGGUGCAUCCUAAUUGCCUGUUGUUGCUGAGUGGAGUUAAACCUGUCCUCCCUUCAAAGUUCUUAGAACCCCCAAUUCAUCUUCUUAAAAUGUAUUGCACGCUUUUAAAACUCAUGGUUAUGAGCAUUUGCGAGGGAGGGUUGGAGCUUCUUCCCUCUGCUUAGAUCCUUCUUUCAGCUGUAUGCACAUUGAUUUUUAGGUGUCAGUGAACAUGAAUGUAAUAUCUAUUGAGGUAAAUUGUUUUUUCACCAUCUCGAGUAAAUCUUAACCUUUUUUAGAAUGAUUGUUUUUACUCUCUACUGAAAGAAAUUUAAUAUCCUUACUGGUCAGGACCUCCUUCCACCUGAGAAACAUUCUUUCUCACAGAAAACACAUCAGUAAAAACUACUUUGAUGAAAAAGACAUAACACAUGUCAGUCUUUGGUAUUGAGUGAAGUUUUACCACUUUAUCAGAAAACCGAUGCUGUUAAAAGAAAGAAAAUCUAUUCAGUCAGCCUGCCAAAGUCCUGUGGCAGGAUACUGGCAGCAAACAAUUGCCUCCCCCAGCCUGUCUCCUUUCAGCUGACUGAAACAGAUGCUCUGUGCUUUCAAGCUCAUUUGUUUCCUUGCUGUUACAUUAUUUUUUCCCCAGAGGUAAACUUUGCCAACCUUGUUCUUCUCUAUCUGAUGAUACAACAAACAUAAUAUAUGCCUUGCUAUAUCUGAUUCUUGCUGUUUCCCAAAAUCCCUUGUUUAUGCUCGAUUGCUAUGAUUUUCUCUUGUAAUUGUUUCCUAGAUGCUCCUGGGUAUCUCCAGGAGAUAACUCUAUAAAUCCGGACUUUGAUUAAGUGUAGCUGUAGAAAUACAAGCCAUGAGACGCAUUAUGGGCUCCCUAUGUUCCUGAAGCACCAGUUCAAGUAGUACCUCUCGUCUCUGAGGCGUAAUUCUGUUAUCCAUCUGUCUAAAUACACAGUUGUAUCUCCCCUCUUCAAAAAUCCAGCCCUUCUCUGGUUUUACUUUUAAUUCACUCCCUGGCUCCCCAUCUGCUGCAAUCUCGCAUCCCAGAUGUUGAAAACCUGCCAGUUGCUCAGCUGGGUUUCAAGACCUGAAUCACAAUUUUUGGCAUUCUGUUCAGAAUGCUGGCUGUGGUUUUCUUCUCUUUGGCCUUCUUUGAGUCUCCGUUUGAAGUAUGGUAUGUUGUUCUGUGAUGAUCGUUGUAUCAUGCAUAUUGAACAUUCUUCACUCCUUUCCCAAUGACUUUUUGCUUUGCCUUGCGUGUAUCAUCCAUCAGCAUUUCAGAAUGUGGGCUGAAAAGUGUAUUUAGUACACUUAGCUAACUUGCAACACUCUGAGGGAGAAAAGUGAUUUGCUCUGACUACUGCUUCUUUCUGCUAAGACAGAUUUGCACCAGUCUUCUAGCCUUCCUUUUCAGGCCCAUCGUUUGUAAGAAAUCCAACUUUAUGCUCGAUGCAAUCAAAAUCAUUUUAAUAGCAGAUGAAAAUGUUGUUCUGCAGUUUUCCCUUAAACAUUCUUAAAGCAAACAUAAUAGUUUCUAUUCCUUUAUCUAUUUGUAUCAUGUGCUGGAGGGCCUCUGGGAUGAAUUAUAAUUAGUAUAAAGUAUUGGCUUUGUAAUCUACCAGGGAUAAAUAUAAUUUGUAACAUGAUAGAAAUAUGUACUUUAUCACAAAAUACCAAACUGAGAAAAACUAUUUUUAAAGGUCAGUCAAAACAAACUCAUAAGUAGGUAGCAAAAAACUGUGAUUCUGCACAGCUAGAUGAGAUUAGCAGUUUGGUUUUAAUGCUUAAUAUAGUAAUGCCCUUUUUUUGUGCUCAUAGCACAUAAUCCAAUCUCCACAGAUAGUUUCUCUGUAAAUUAAAUGUACUGAAUUAUAUUUCAUGCCAUGGGCAGUCAUCCUUAACCAAACAAAAUACAUGUAAAAGAGAAUUCUACAGACCAGACACAUGAAUAGUUGAUAAAUGUACUAUAAUCAGGGGAGAUAAAUGUGUUUUAUUUCUUUGUGGUUUGGGGUUUUUUUGGUUUUGUUUUUAAGAGAAAAGGAUAAUGAUGGAAGUUGGUAAUUUUCUAUCAAUUUCUCAUGUAUAUUGCAGACAAGAUAAAUAUAGCAAAAUGAAAAUAGAAUGAUAGUGUAAAUACCUAUGAAUUGUGCCACUGUCAAAUAGGCAACAGUAGAAUAUUUGCUAUGGUAAUUUAUAAUGUAUAAUUCAAGUAAAAUGUUAGAGCAAACAUUUGUGAUGUUUGUAUAUAUAAGCCAAAAUUUUACUGGUUUUAGAAAACGAUGUGCUAGUAGAAGCCAGAAGAGUUAUUAGGUUAAUGCAUUGUCUCUUUUUCUGUUUCCUAUAGUAGAGAUACUCAUCAACAUAACAUGGUUUCUAGAAUGUGAAUUAUAACCAUUUGAACAGACAUGCCUCAUAGUCAGAUUUAUUUUCUUCUAAAAUCGAUGUUUGCAAGUCAGACUUGUCAGUCAAACUUUCCCUGAAUUUCCUUAUAAUGCUCCACAGCUUCAAGUGCUAAACAAUUCUUAUUAACUACGCCUUUCUUGAAACUCCAUGAUGCAUUUAAAUUGCACAGCUAAAAGUAAAGCAGUUCCUAAUUUAGAAACCAAUUUAUAUUGUCAUCUUUAGAAUAUUCUCAGAAACAAAGAACAUUUCUGUUCGUGUUCUGCUUUUCUACUGCUGUUCAUUUGUCUUGUUUCCCUAUAGAAAAUCACCUCAUUUUCAGAUGCAACAUAGUUUCAUUUUUUCUCAAGGCACCAGGGACAAAAACCCCCCAAACCAAACGACAAAAAACCCACCUUAUAAAUGUGUUUAGAAAGUAUGUAUCUUCCCACCUGUCAACCUUCUCUAAAAGAAAUCUUUAAUCUUACCUGCCUCAGAAAGAAUAAGGAAGUUCUGUAUUUGUAUGGAAUAUAUUGGGCCAAAUUUAAUAAUAAUGAAUUGUUACUUAAAAAUCUAUAUGUAUACAUUGUAUAUGCCAUAGUUUCAGUGUUCAGUGCAUUUUGCUCUAAUAUUCCUUUUUUACAUGUUAAAACAAGUAGUCCAUUAAUAUAACAUUACUAUGUCUAUGUUCAGAUUGUAAUUUUCUUUCAGGAAAAUAUUCAGAAGUUCAUGGAAAUUAUGGAUUAUGAAAAGUUCAAGCCUGAUUAGGGAGAAUUUAAAAAUUCACAUAUUUAGUCAAUACAGGAGAAAUUAAUGAUGCAUUUUUACUUGUAUAAAAAUGAUGGCAGUUCCCAUUGUGGAAACAGGCUGGUUUUAAGUUGUAAAAACCAUAAUUGCUGAGCACAGUAACAUACACAUGACCUGAUGUCUAAUUGGAAAAUUUGGAGCAUCUUAUCAAAGAAAAUUGAAACAGGAUUGAUUAGCCUAUGAAAGUUGGAUCAUAGACUGGACAACUUAGUAUUCUGGAUAAAUCUGAUUUAUUUGAAUUUUUCUCUCUGGUCUCCCACUAUCCACAUUAACAGGUAAAUAUAUUAACCUCCUUUUUUAAAUGUUCUUACUACUUUUUGUUCCACUUUAAGCCUUUCUUCAGUGAAAAAGCUAUACAGAUUGCAGUUGAAACCAAAUACAUAUUUUUAAUGUAAACUCUGUAUGUAUUUAGAUGCAUAUGUAUGCUGUGCAUAAAUUCCAGGAUCAAAUUCUGUGAGUUACAGCAUCAGAUGGUGGCAUUGGUAACAAGUAUAAUGUACCUUUUCAUGUGCCAUUUUUAAAUUCUUUAGUGCAUCAGAGUAAAAUUGGGAUCAGACUGUGACAUACAGUCCAGUGGUGCAAGAUCUCCCAUGACAGACUUGUCAUUGAUGAUUUAGGUGGAAUGGAUUUAUGAGAGAGAGAUGGGAAUGCACACAACAAACUUUAUCUGAAGCUGACUAAUUUAAGGUACCUCUCCUAAAGAUCAAAAAGUAACCCAAAAUACUUAAUACAUGAUCAUUUUUCCAAUUUUUUUAAUGCAGUAGCUAUAGUUAUGCGUGGUUGCCAUUUAAACAUAGUAUUUUAGUCCAAUAAAUCCAGUUACAUUUUAGGCUUCUAUAUUGUCAUAUAAAACUGUAGCUGUAGAAACACAUCACUUUUUUGAUAUCCUCCCCGCCCCCAGUAGGUUCAAUUUUGAUGUGAAGUAGUAACAAGUCAGAUUUCUCAUUUUGAGGUUUCUUCUGUACUGACUAAAAUGGUAGCAGAACUUCUGCUUCUGCAGAGGGCACAUUUAGGCACUUCAGUGAAUCACAAUGGGAGUUAUGUUUGGCACAAGUGUAGCUGAGGAAAUCAACAUCUAGUCGGCUGGCGCUUGAGCCGAGUGCUGUUGAAAUCAGAGAGCAGGCUGCCACUGAUUGUGAGCAAAGGAGGGUUGGGUUCUGCUGGCAGUGGUGUUAAGAAUUUCUCUUUGGAGGAUUAGCCCUGGCAAAGCUGGAGUGGAAAGUGGGACCACAUGGGUGAUGUUUUGAGGGGUGUGAGCUGAUGCCUGGGCUCAGGCUGUCAAGCUGGGUCAGUACCAGUGUGGUUGUGGUCAUUGUCAAGAAGGGGAACUGCACCAGUGGGAAGGGAAGGUUGCAAGAUAAAUCCUCAUUUACACCAAAGCCCUUUAAUGUUGAUCUGGGCUUCAUGCAGGUCUGAUUUGGUGGCUGCUGUGGUGCGUUACAAGUCUGAAUUACUUUUUGUGGCCAUUCCUAUUUAUUUCACUGGUUUAAUAUACAUAUGUGCAUAAUAAGCAGGAACUAGUGAGAGUUACGUUAAUUUGUAAUUGUCAGAGAUUUUAAAAAGCCUAUUGAUGAGAAAUUGUGUAAAUCUGCAAGUCAUUCAUUUGGUUAAUUUCAGUGCGUACGUCAUGUUUCAACAGACGAGUAACUCGCAGUAAGGAAGGAUUUCUUCCAUGUUCUUGCAGGCUUCUGCAGAUAGAUUACAGGAGCAUACAUCCAUCAGGGGCAUAGUAUCUUGCCUGGUAACUAUUUUAAAGCAGAAAUAAUUAGCCUUUAUAACUUCCUUGUUCCAAGGUCUCCCAAAAGUCAAUUUUUGUAGCCCAUUCUCUUGUUUUUAAGACAGAGCAAAAAUAUGUGAGGUUUAUUUGUAGAGCACUUGAUUCACUUUUUUUGUGCUUCAGAACUGUAUCAUGAAGUAUCACACUUCAGUCUUCUUUAUUCAAAAGGAAAGAAAAUAGUUGUUUCUGUAAAAAGUCAUGAGAACAAAGAAACAGAGACAAGUCCAAGUAAUAGCUGACCUUCCUUUGUCACUUUUGAAUUUCCUGACUGGUGACUCUUCUCUCUCCUUCACACUGUUGAAAUGUAUUUAAAACGGUUUGUAUGUAAUGUUUCUUGUCUGCUUUUUGUCUCUAGAGGAAAGUGUGCUCUAUUCACAUUUAUAUAAGCCGGAAUCAUAUUUUACAGUUGCUGUUGAUUAUUUCCCCCCCCAACGCAGUAUAAGAGGAAAAUGAACAUGGCAAAGACUGAUUUCUAGGGUUUGGUCUUCUGUAAAAGCUGAAAUAAGGAGAUGUGAAACUGCCAUUUUCCUUGUGAAAGACUGUAAAGAAAGCAUUACUUUCUGAGCGAGCUUUUCUGGGGAAGAGGGGGAGAAACCCUAGAAUAUGGAGUCUCAUCAGAACCCUUUUGUUAACGGGUAUUUUUGGUUUUCUCUCAAAUGGCUGAGAAAAUAUCAUGUAUGAAUUUAUAAAUAAUUGCUUUCAGUUAUUUCUUUUGUAUAAGCUGCCCAAUACCCUUGCUAUGCUGUAUAAGUUGUGUUUCAUGGAACAGUGUGAGUAUGAAAUAAAAAGCUAAUUUUUGGUUUUUAAAUCAUCUGUGGAUGCCACUAUGAAAGCUGACAUUGUUAAAGCCACUACAGAGUUUUCUAUGAAUACUUGUAAGAAUUGCUUUGUUAUAUAUAAACCUAAAUAAAGAGAUUGUAUUGAUACAGAGACAUUGGAUAAGAACAUUUAAAAAAGCUAUUCUUUAGGUCUAAAAGAAAAGGCUUGCUGUAAAAUGGUGCAUUAUUCCAUUUAUUAAAGAUCAUAUUAAUGACAAAAA